AUGACCACUACGACCGCAACUUCGACCGCCGACAGCGGCAAGAUCAACUUCCCUACGGACGCGUCGCUACCCGGCGAACACUUUGAGAUCCGGCAAACGCAUCCGACCGGCGACUAUACGCCGGACCCGUCCAAGUCACUCCCCCUUUCGCCGACCCGACAGGCUCUAGUCGACGACAUCAUUGCACUAUAUGAGAUGAAGCCAACGGUCGAGCGAGUCAAGCGCUAUACACCCGACUGCGUAUACAAUGACCAGUUUGUCUAUGCCAAUGACCGGUACAAGAUGGCUGGUCAAUGGUUCGCGCUGCCCAAGUUGUUCAAGGGCGCCAAGAGCCACGGGUACCAAGUUGUCACCAAUGACCGUGACCUGAUUCAGUUCCGACAUGAAGAGGAGUGGACAUUCAAGAUCAUCCCCAAGACGGCCGUGGUCAACGCGCUGGUGAGCCUGUCGCUGGACCCGGCGACGGUCGACUCGGACUUUAUCCGGGUCAAGUACCACAAGGAUCAGGCCAACGACAAGGACUACUCCAACGAAGGGCUGGGCGCAUCAUUCAAAAAGUGGCAGGCGGACAAUGUGGCAAAGUACAUGGACAGCCCGGAGGUCGCGGCCUUUGAGGCGGACCGGGACGCCGGGAAGGAGCCGCGGCGCAAGUACGGACGUGGAGACGCGCAAGGCGAUGCGCCCGUGAAGAAUACGUAG